CAUACCUUCUGUAACGGAACUGAGAUAGAAUCUUUUACUUGAAAGGCUUGAAAGCUUCUCAACAUUGGUUCUAAAGUCCUAAACACCACUUGGUCAGUGCCUAAGCAAACACAUGUGGAACAAUCUCGUUUGCAAGAUAACAUUGGAUAGGAGGCAAAUAAUGCAUGUUGCCACCGAACAUAGAUAUGAAUUUUCAAGAUAUUUUUCUCAAAAAUUUGAAGCAAUUUAGACAAUUACUAUGAAUGAGUUAUGAAUUGCAAUUGCAAUGUGAGUCCGCUUCCACUGUGAACGGGUGCUCGAAUAUGUUGAAUACAGAAUCAUUUCCCUUCUCUGUUGCUUUGCUUUGUUACCGUUGACAUGGCAACAUUACGUUUGCAAAAGAGGCCAAUGUUGUUGAUUGGUGUGUGUUCAAGGAGGAAGAAGAGAUAAAUUGUUAUCGUUAAAUCUCAACAAAAUGCCAAAGAAAAUUAAGAAGCAGAAGUCAAAGUCUAAAGGAAAAACAAAGGGGAAAAAAGGGUCUAAAGCAAGCAGUAAAGAUGACAAAGAGUCCGUUCUCAAAAAUGCAGUUGCAAAUGCUCGUUUAUGGGAGGGAAAAUUGUAUAGUACAGAAAGAGCAAAGCAAGAAUACAGAGAAAAUGCAAAAAAACUGUUGUAUGAAAAUGAGGGGCUACAAAACCAAAUGGCACAGAUUGAAAGAGAUACAGUAGAUGUUAUAUCUUUUCUUAAGAAAGAAGAUAUGAAGAAGGAUGAUCAAGUAUUGCUCUCAAAUUCAAUUUUUGCAUUUUUCACAUUAUCAAAUUAUUCAGAUAAACAUCACAAUAGGGAAGAAUUUUUGUAGAGAGCUGGUACAAAACUGAUGAAUAUGUUUGAUGACUCAAGAAAACUGAAUUAAUCCUGCUUAAUAUAACAUUUUUUAGAGGAA